CAUAUCGCUCGAAAAUCUUGGGACAACCUCAUCCACGUCUAUCGUCAACCUCAUCUCUCGCGGCCGGCAUCAAUUGCGUCUACCCGCCCGAUCACCCCUCUUUCCUUUUCUUCUAAUUGCUUUGUAUCUUUUCAUGCUUGCCAUUCUAGCCGUGUAAUUAUACAUAACCAUCCAACGCUGUCUGCCAUGAGCUCCCGCUCACUGGGCGACGCCCUGCUCCGCCCUUCCUCCCUCACACUGUCUCGCCUGUCCACCACCCCCCAAACAUGCCCGACAACCGCGAGACUUCUAUCAUUGCAAUGGUCCUCUCUAUCAUCACGCCGCAAUAUAUCCUCCGGCGCCGGCGCCCCAACCCAGCCCAAUCCAACUAAACAGCCAUCGUCAUCGCGCCCGGUCUCUCAACCACGACAGCAGCAGCAGGAACCAAACAAUGCCAACCCGUUCCAAGAUCUGGUAGAAGCUCAAAACAAAUGGUCUAUCCGAGGCCGACCCCAGCAGUCUAGCACCUCAACCACCAUCGACAAUCUCCUUCGCAGAAACAACGACUCCCGCUACCGCCGCAUCAACCCCAAUCCACAGGGAGACGCUCCCGGUCCCGCCACCAGCACUGCAAACGCCGCUCAGCGCAUCUUUGGCGCAGAUUUCAGCAAUCGCGGCCCCCGCCGGCCCGGUAGACGCACCGCCCUCGACGUGAGCAGUCUGGCCUCAGGUCCCAUCGAAAACCCGCCAGAAGGUGUCCUCCGUCCAGACGGCAGCUUUGAAACCUCGCCCUACCUCCCUAAGACCCCCGUCAUCCCCGAGUCUGAGAAAAUCUACCCCCGUCUCGACCCCUCCUAUGGCCGCACCAUCGAGCUCGAUCCCUCGCGCAAUCGUGAUCUGGUCAGGGGUAUCAGCAUGCUGGGCGCGCUGGUGACGAGGAACAGGAUCCGUUCUGAUAUGACUGCUCAGAAGUAUCAUGAGCGGCCUGGUUUGAAGAGGAAGAGGCUUGCGAGUCAGCGGUGGAGGAACAAGUUCAAGCAAGGGUUCCAGACUGUUACUGCUCGUGUCAUGGAGUUGACUCGCAAAGGGUGGUAG